AUGCUGUUUUGCACUGCACACUCACCCUCUCUCUCCUUCUAAUCUCUUUGUUCAAUCUCUCUCCUCAUUUCUUCUAAUCUCUCCCUGAAAUCCCUCACUUUACACAUAUAAUUAAAUUUCGUGUUUACUUGAUUAAUCUCACCGAAAACACACGUUGUUCAUGAUGGCUUCAUCACAGCUUGUUGAUUCUGAAGCUGCUACAAAAGAGUUUGUGGGCAUGGAAGGCAACGUUCUUCAAAAGCAUGUUAGCUUCUUCGAUCAGAAUAAAGAUGGAAUUGUUUAUCCUUGGGAAACCUUCAAAGGUUUUCGACAAAUCGGGUGUGGCCUGGCCUUGUCUUCUGUGGCUGCUGUUUUUAUCAACGUGGGUCUCAGUUCCAAAACUCGCCCUGGGAAGUUCCCUUCUCUUCUCUUUCCAAUUGAGAUACAGAACAUUCAUAAGGGAAAACAUGGAAGUGAUAGUGAUGUUUACGACACUGAGGGAAGGUUUGUUCCUACAAAGUUUGAAGAGAUUUUCAGCAAGCAUGCACAGUCAAAUAAAAGUGCCUUAACAUCAGACGAGCUGAUGGCAAUGGUUAAAGGAAACAGGGAGCCCAAAAACUACUCAGGAUGGCUUGCUAGUUACGUCGAGUGGAAGAUCUUGUAUGUUCUCUGCAAGGAUAAGGAUGGUUUACUGCAUAGGGAUACCAUCAGAGCUGUCUAUGACGGAAGCUUGUUUGAGCAGAUGGCCAGGGACAAAGCCGCUUCUGAUAAGAAAUAAUAUGGUUUCGCUUUCCCUUUCGCCAUUACAGUAACUUAAAUGAUCUGUAAAUUAUAGCUUUCUGUAAACUUAAGUAUUGUGGUCGUAUAUCUCCAUCUUUGAUCAGUGAACGAGCAGAAACAAUGACUAAUGCUCAUUGUUUUGUUCUCCUGAAGCAUGGUGAUUUCCAAAUCAGUAUUGUGAAUGUUAAGUUGGUUAUAUAUUUUGUUUAAAUAUAUAUUGUUUGAUAA